AUGGCCUUAGAUGGGAAGCUGCUUGCUGCGCAAUUGAUCUCAUUGACAAUGGUAGCUAUAGAAGCAGCAUUAUCCGAUCAAGCUUUGCCUCCUCAAUCCCUGCCUGGAUGCCCCGACCGGUGGGUUAUCUCGUUUCCCUUCGGGAUUGGGAAAGGUUGUUACCUAAAACCAAGAUUCAACAUCACUUGUAACGAAUCUGGCCAACGCAAAGGUGAGCUGCAAAUUUUGAGUAACAUAGCUCGUGAUUGUUAUAACGAACAGGGUAAUAAAACGCAGAACAGUUCCUUUAGCCUCGGGCUCUCUCCUCCUUUCACCAUUUCCAGUACCCGAAACAAGUUGACCGCAAUUGGAUGUGAUACUAAUGCAAUUUUCAUGGGGAAGCGCCCUAACCCUAAUGAAGGUGAGUAUUUAGAGGUGUGCUCCGCCUCAUAUUAUAAUCUUUCCAGUGCUGUUACCAGCUCGUGCUCCGCCAGCGUCGUCUUUGGGUGUUGCCAACAAGUAAUCCCUACGGGACUAGAAAAUGGUAGUACCACUGUGAGCAGCUUUUUUCAACAUAAGUACGUAUGGAACUUCAACCCAUGCAGCUACGCCUUCAUUGUGGACGAAGACAAGUUCAUAUUCAACCCCAAAACAAUUCUUCAAGAACUGAACAACACUGUAAAGCUUCCCGUGAUUCUUGACUGGGAAAUUCAGGACGGACCGUGUGCCAAAGCUCAAAAGAGGCCGGACUAUGCUUGCAAGGCAAAUAGCAAGUGUGUGAACAGAACCACCAACGUCGAGACGUCUCAACCGUCCGGUUACUAUUGCCAGUGUUUGCCAGGCUUCCAAGGGAACCCAUAUCUCCCAGAUGGUUACCGAGAUAUUGAUGAGUGCAUGGCUCCAAUAAACCCCUGCAAAAAUGAAAAGUGUGAAAAUUUACCUGGAGAUAACAAUUGUUCAUGUAACAAAGGGUUCAUAAAAGGAGAAAAGAAGGCUUGCAUACAAAGCAAUCCAACCUCAAAGAACAAGUCCCUGCAAAUUUCGUUGGAACGGCUUUAUCUACCCUUCGUGGUCGCCAUAAAUAAGUCCAAAGUUGCUGCUCAAACUCAAAUCGAUCAAUUUGUUAACGAGCACAUAUUUCAUUCCCAGAUCAACCACAGAAAUGUGGUGAGACUAUUAGGUUGUUGUUUUGAGAAUGAAGUGCCUUUACUAGUAUACGAGUACAUCACCAAUGGCACUCUUUUAGUUUUGUUUAAUAAUAAAAAGGGCAAGAGAUCAUCACUUCCGUGGGAAUUGCGAUUGAAAAUAGCAUCAGAAACUGCAGGAGCACUGGCGUACUUACACUCUUCCACUUCAACACCAAUCAUACACCGAGAUGUGAAAACAACAAAUAUACUGCUGGACGAAAACUACACAGCCAAAGUAUCAGAUUUUGGAGCUUCACGUUUCAUUCCUUUGGAUCAAACUGAAGUUGCUACAUUAAUGCAGGGAACAAUGGGGUACUUAGAUCCCGAAUAUCUCCAAACAAAUACAUUAACAGAAAAGAGCGAUGUCUAUAGCUUUGGAGUCGUCCUGGCAGAGCUAUUAACAUGUAAAGUGGCAGUUUCUUUCGCUAGGCCUGAGUCAGAAAGAAGCCUAGCACAUUUGUUUGUCUCCUCAAUCGAAAAACAAUGCCUGGUUCAAAUUCUUGAUGCUGAAAUGGUGAACGAGGAAAAUAUCGAAGGGGUGGAGCAGGUUGCGAAUCUGGCAAAAAUAUGUCUAAGGGUUAAAGGGGAGGAAAUGCCUACAAUGAAGGAAGUGACAGCGGAGUUAGAUGGAAUGAGAAUUACAGCAAAACAUCCAUGGAAAAAUGACGAUUUCUGCGCAGGGGAGACUGAGUACUUGUUGGGCUCUCCCAAUUCCAAGGCUUACAUUGAAGGUGAAGGUGAAGCAAUUUCUACUGGCUCAACCAGUGAAAUUGCUAGCAUGCAAAGUGAAUUGUUAAAGUCCUACAGCGAUGGCAGAUAA